GGCGCCACUGAGUUAAACGGAUAGUUGUUUUUCUCUGAUCUGUAGAAAGAAAGUGAGGAACAUUAGUUUUCGUUUUUGAUUAAAUAUGAUUUGUAGAUCAAUUCCUCUUGCUUAAAAUGCAUAGAUUAUGCGUCACUAGCACAUAACAGAGGGAAGGAAGUGAAAGGGGUCGGUCCAUUGGAGUUGUUCAUUAUAUUAUUCUAACGUUAUUCUGAAGCAUUAAUUAACGUCAUUUGUCCAUGGCGCAUAUUCGAAUUAAAGAAGGGCUCUCUGUGACUGCAUCGACAAUAACGGAAGAAAGCUGGAAAAGCACAUUUAAAUCUUCAGAUAAGAAACUAGAAUUAGAGCUAGAUCCAAAUGUGCCUUUGGUCAGAUUUGUGUUAUGAGCUUUUAACUGAUCCCUGUAUUUUCAAACCAUUCAUUCUGACUUUGGAUUACAAGAAUUAUUAGAUGUUGUGAUGGACAUAUUAUUGGAUAGCGUGUGAGGAGGUUUGGAUGAGUAAAGAGGGAAAGACUCCUUUGCCUGCAGUGGGAGGGCUGACGAGCAGGCAGCGUGACAUCAGAGGACCCACGUCUGGACGUGACACCGAAGGACUGCUGGCUAUGGGAGCAGCAAUGGGACCGUUACUGCUUUGGCUCCAGGAUGUGGCAGCAGUAACUCUGCUGAGAGCUCGCAGGACGCUUCUUAGGGCUGCCAUCCUGUUCUGUGUCCUGGUGCUUCUUCUGUGGGUCUCCAUCUUCCUGUAUGGAAGCUUCUACUAUUCCUACAUGCCCAGUGUCAGCUUCUCCACACCAGUACACUUCUAUUACAGGACAGAUUGCGAUGCUUCAGAUUCAGUCCUCUGUUCUUUCCCCAUGGCUAAUGUCUCACUCUUGAAGAAUGGAAGAAACCAGGUGAUGAUGCCUGGUCAGGCCUACAGGAUCUCUCUGGAGCUGGAAAUGCCUGAAUCUCCAGUUAACGCACAGCUUGGCAUGUUCAUGGUUAAAAUGUCCUGCUAUACCACUGAUGGGACCGUCGUUCAGUCGGUGUCCCGCUCUACAAUGCUGCACUACCGUUCUAACCUGCUGCAGACCAUGAGCACGCUGCUGUUCUCACCCCUCCUGCUCACAGGUGUGUCUGAGCAGAAACAGCUCAUCGAGGUGGAGCUCUUUCCAGAUUUCAAAUCCGACCUAUACCAGCCUGCUGUUGGCGCUGUGAUUGAGAUUCAGUCCCGCAGGGUCCAGAUUUAUUCUACCCAGCUCAGGAUCCAUGCCUUCUUCACUGGCAUUAGAUACCUCCUGCAUAAUUUCCCUGUGAUGUCUGCAAUUGUUGGGGUGGCCAGUAACUUCACCUUCCUCAGUGUCAUUGUGCUUUUCAGUUACUUGCAGUUCAUCUGGGGAGGGCUCUAUCCCCCCGAGCAGGUCAGAGUGAAGGUGAUGAUGGGAGACUCGACGCGUCUUCAGCAGAGGAGGGAAGAAGCACGGAAACGUAUGCACUCAUCUGCCAGCACUCCUAUCAUGAAGUAUGGAGGAGAUAACAGUGAACUGGCAGAUCCACCACAACGAACCAGUCGAAACAAAGGUGAGUUAGACACUCCUAGUGCGAUUGGGACAGAGGAUCACCUGCAGGAGGAUGAAGCUGCUCAGGAUUCCUCUAUAGAUGAAGGUCCCAUUUUCCUUAAGGCUUCUCAUAUUGCAGACACCAGUUUGAGUGAGGAGGACCCUGAUCAUGAGCAGAGGGCAGCAGGAAUGGGAAAUGGGACUCAAGAUGAAGAAACCACCCAAGCGCAGUCCUCAGACUGCGAGGCAAGGCUUAGACAAAGGCAUGGACCCUGGAUGAGACUCUGAGCUUAAAACACUGAAGCCACCAUAAACGCACAUGCAUUCUGUUACAUUAGAGCACAUUAUAUGACUCAUAGCUAGCAUAUUUGAAACAUUCCUUUUGCAAUGCAAUGAGAAUUACCUUAAGAAUUUUUCAGAUGCAUCUGGAAACUUUACCUCGUAGAGCUGAUAUCCAGCUAAAGAGAAAUUCCUGCUCUGCUGCUUUUGUUCUCCUUUAGCUGAUUACUUACUGUAGGACUUAAAAGUCCUGCUA